AUAUCCCGUGGCUACAUAUUCAGACCACGCCAUGAAUUGACAACUUGAGAAUUCGAGCGGUCCCUUCGAAGCAAACGGCAUGUCAAUAAUUUAAACGUAUUCUAUUAUAGUUUACACGAAUUGGAAAUCAAAAGCUUUGGUUUUGGAUAUCUUCGCGCGCAAUCAAGACUUUGGAUCAAGACAAAGGCUAUCACGCGACUUUGGCAGAAUGGCUACUCGGAAUUAUCUUUGGCAAAGUGAUACCUCAAGUUCAGUCAAACCGGAGAUUGACUACAGUUCUCCUGGACUUGCCGUGAUGGAAGUCGAGCGUCUCCUUUUCACCGGGAGAAUGAUCAGUAGCCAUGCCGACGAAGUUUGGCCAAAACUUUACAUUGGGGAUUAUGAUAGUGCAGAAAAUCGCAGUGAGCUCACAGCCCGUGGCUUCACACAUAUUGUGAACUGCGCACACACGUCCAGGCGUGGUGGGCCUGACUACUACAAGGGCAUGGACAUUACAUACCUCGGGAUCGAAGGCCGCGAUUCUCCUGAGUACGACAUGAGCGCAAACUUCAACACGGCUGCCAACUUCAUUCACAAAGCACUCAGUGGAGGAGGUAAAGUCCUGGUCCAUUGCCAUGUAGGUGUAAGUCGCUCGGCUACAGUGGUCCUGGCUUACUUGAUGCUGAAACAUCACAUGACCUUGGUGGAUGCCAUCACCACUGUGAAGGAGGGCCGUGGCAUCAUCCCCAACCGUGGCUUUCUACGACAGCUCAUCAACCUGCAGAUCCAACUCUAUGGCAGAAAUAGCCACUAAAAAAAGACAUACAAGAUUCAGUUAAAUGGCAAUUUCAUCUAAAUAUGGAUGCUAUUUUCGAAAUUGAGCGCUAAAGUGAUUGGAACUGGAUUUCGGGGUAGCCUACUGCACACAAGAAAGUAGGCCUAAUGAACAUUACGUCUGAUCCAUACUGACUGGGCCUUUUGGAAGUCCUUGUUUCCUGCAGAAGUGUCAUGGACUGGUUUAAAAACGUUUGAACUAUUCUAAUUUAAAUACGUUCUGUAUAGUGAAGUUGAUUUAUUAUUAUUAUUAUUAUUAUUAUUAUUAUUGUUAUUAUUCAAACAAGUAUAUUAAAGAUUUGCAGUGAGCACCUAUGCUUAAUGUUUUCUGACUUAUGUCGAA